AUGGCUCCUCUUUGGAAGAGGAUAUUGUGUCCUUGCCGAGAAUGUGAGGCAGACGAAGAUGAAGGAAGUGAUCAUCAACAGGAUGAAACGAAGGCCGAAAGAGCUGUGGCACACAGUGACCGACGUCGAGCUGAGGACGCGGAAGGUGACAGCCAGGCUGGGGGUGAUCAAACUCAAGGUAACAGCUAUGGAGGAGCUUAUUCCGUGGCAAGAGAUCUCCAUGAUGGAAGUAAAGAUGCGAAGGGCAAUGACCAAACUCAAUAUCAUGACACAGAACAUGUCAGGUGCAAUAGUAUUUAUGAUGUGGCAUGGGGCACUUUGGUUAAAGAUGGUGUCUCAAAUAGCAAUGGCCACAAUGCACUUAAUGCUACUGAAGGUUACAGAGAUACAGAAGCAGCAUCUGCCAACAUAAGUGGGGGGAAAUAUUAUAAAGCCAGUGAACGUUACAAAGCUAGUAAUGAUGCAGGUGACAGCGGAGAUGGAGACAAUGACAAGGCAGCUGUCAGACAGAACCAAGGCCAUGAUUUGAAAGAAAAAGCCACUUAUCAAAGUGAACAUGCUGCAGGUGACAGCACUGAUGGAGACAAUGAUAAGGCAGGUGCCAGACAGAAUCAAGUCCAUGAUUUGAAAGAAAAAGCCACUUAUCAAAGUGAACAUGCUGCAGAUGACAGCACUGAUGGAGACAAUGAUAAGGCAGGUGCCACACAGAAUCAAGUCCAUGAUUUGAAAGAAAAAGCCACUUAUCAAAGUGAACAUGCUGCAGGUGACAGCACUGAUGGAGACAAUGAUAAGGCAGGUGCCACACAGAAUCAAGACCAUGAUUUGAAAGAAAAAGCCACUUAUCAAAGUGAACGUGCUACAGGUGACAGCACUGAUGGAGACAAUGAUAAGGCAGAUGCCACACAGAAUCAAGUCCAUGAUUUGAAAGAAAAAGCCACUUAUCAAAGUGAACGUGCUGCAGGUGACAGCACUGAUGGAGACAAUAAUAAGUCAGGUGCCACACAGAAUCAAGUCCGUGAUUUGAAAGAAAAAGCCACUUAUCAAAGUGAACGUGCUGCAGGUGACAGCACUGAUGGAGACAAUGAUAAGGCAGGUGCCACACAGAAUCAAGUCCAUGAUUUGAAAGAAAAAGCCACUUAUCAAAGUGAACAUGCUGCAGGUGACAGCACUGAUGGAGACAAUGAUAAGGCAGGUGCCACACAGAAUCAAGUCCAUGAUUUGAAAGAAAAAGCCACUUAUCAAAGUGAACGUGCUGCAGGUGACAGCACUGAUGGAGACAAUAAUACGGCAGGUGCCACACAGAAUCAAGUCCAUGAUUUGAAAGAAAAAGCCACUUAUCAAAGUGAACGUGCUGCAGGUGACAGCACUGAUGGAGACAAUAAUAAGGCAGGUGCCACACAGAAUCAAGUCCAUGAUUUGAAAGAAAAAGCCACUUAUCAAAGUGAACAUGCUGCAGGUGACAGCACUGAUGGAGACAAUGAUAAGGCAGCUGUCAGCCACAAUGAAAAGCAUGAUUCGGAAGCCAACAGCUCUUAUCAAAUUAAUGAUAAUGCAGGCAACACCAUUGAUGAUGUCAAUCAUGUGGAAGGUGUCAGCUGCAAUGUAGAGUUUGAUCUGAAAACUAAUGGCUUUAGUGAAAGUGGUCUUUUUGCAGGUGAGAUCUACGAUGGAGCAAACGAUGCAGCAGAUGUCAUCUGCAAUAGUGGGCAUGAUUUGGAAUGCAUUGGUGAUGACAAAAAUGGUGAUGCCGCAGGAGGUAAUCAGGAUGCAGUUGAUGAUGUAGUAGGUGUUGACCUUUCUAGAGAUGUUGAUGUGGUUGUCUCUCAUGCCUCCACAGAGGUGUUGUUUGAAGAAACAGCUUUUCCUUCAGAGGGACAAGUAAUCAAUUUCGCAGACCCUCCACCUUUUGCUGCAUCUUUUUCGCUAACUGGAGCCCCAGCUAAAUGUGCAUUUACAAAAAAGUGA